AUGGGCUCUAGGGAUUUCUCCCCGCAUACUCGGGACCCAACAGACAGUUCGGACGCAGAAACAUUGUUCCCCGGCAAUGACUAUGAGACAAAGCGAGAGAAUUUAAGAACCAUACACUCUCAGGGGCAGCCUCGCCCCUUCACUGGUGUCGAUGUUAAGAGGGCUGAAGAGGAGUUUGCCGAAUUGAGCAAACAGCUUUCCGGUAUCUCGGAACGCGCUAGGCAUUUAACACACCAGCAAUCAAAUCGAAUAUCUGUCAAAUCCGCUAGAGAUCUAGAAGAGCCCCCGGCUGAUGGAGAACCAUUUGACUUGGAGACGGCUCUUCAUGGCUCGCGAACCGCAGAAGCUGAUGCUGGUAUUCGACCCAAGCGAAUCGGCGUUAUUUGGGAAGGCCUGUCCGUCCGAGGUAUUGGCGGGGUGAAGAAUGUUGUUCGAACGUUUCCAAAUGCUGUCAUAGACUUUUUCAAUAUCCCGCAGACAAUUAUGCAGAUUCUUGGCCUUGGAAAGAAAGGUAAAGAACUUGAGAUUUUGAAGAAUUUUAAGGGCCUCGCAAAACCUGGCGAAAUGAUUCUUGUUCUUGGUAAGCCCUCAUCUGGAUGCACGACCUUCUUGAAAGUGAUAGCAAAUCAACGCUUUGGAUACACCGGGAUCGACGGCGAGGUUUUGUAUGGUCCAUUUGAUGCAAAUACCUUUCAGAAACGCUUCCGAGGCGAGGCUGUCUACAACCAGGAAGACGAUGUGCAUCACCCCACCUUGACCGUUGGCCAGACCCUAGGAUUUGCGUUGGAUACUAAAACUCCUGGAAAACGUCCUGUUGGCGUAUCCAAGGCUGAGUUCAAGGAUAAGGUGAUCCGCCUUCUUCUGAAGAUGUUUAAUAUUGAGCAUACGAUCGAUACUGUAGUCGGUAAUCAGUUCAUCCGUGGAAUCUCGGGUGGAGAGCGAAAGCGUGUUAGUAUUGCAGAGAUGAUGAUUACAUCUGCCACAGUGCUGGCUUGGGAUAACACUACUCGUGGCUUAGAUGCCUCAACUGCGCUUGACUACGCAAAGUCGCUUCGUAUAAUGACCAAUAUUUACAAGACUACCACCUUCGUAUCGCUAUAUCAGGCAUCUGAGAACAUUUAUGAGCAAUUUGAUAAAGUGAUGGUUGUGGAUUCAGGCCGCCAGGUAUACUUCGGCCCCAUAGGCGAAGCACGAGCCUAUUUUGAGAGCUUGGGAUUCAAAGAAAAACCGCGUCAAACUACCCCAGACUAUCUUACCGGCUGCACGGACCCCUUUGAAAGGGAAUACAAGGAAGGCAGAAAUGAGCAUAAUACGCCGUCAACUCCAGAUGCCCUUGUUCAGGCCUUCGAAGAGUCAUACUUCAAUAGAUUGCUAGAAAAAGAUAUGGAAAAAUAUCGGGCCCAGCUGGUUGAAGAGAAACACGUCUAUGAUGAUUUCGAAACUGCUCAUCUUGAAGCUAAGCGCAAGUAUACAUCAAAAUCGUCUGUGUAUUCAAUUCCCUUCUACAUUCAGGUUUGGGUCCUCAUGCGGCGGCAGUUCUUUAUUAAAUGGCAGGAUAAGUUUUCACUCGCCGUUUCAUGGAUAACUUCUAUCGGCGUGGCUCUUGUUCUCGGUACUGUGUGGCUUCAACUUCCAAAGACUAGUGCCGGUGCCUUUACUCGUGGUGGAGUCUUGUUUAUUUCUUUGUUGUUCAAUGCCCUCCAGGCCUUUGGUGAGCUCGCAGCAACGAUGAUGGGACGGCAAAUCGUAAAUAAACAUCGAGCAUUCACUUUCCACCGCCCGAGCGCUCUUUGGAUUGCCCAAAUUGGCGUCGACUUGACAUUCGCCUCGGUACAGAUAUUCAUCUUCAGUGUCAUCGUCUAUUUCAUGUGUGGCCUUGCUCUCGAUGCGGGUGCCUUUUUUACCUUUAUUCUUAUCAUAAUUACUGGGUACCUUUCGAUGACGUUGUUCUUUCGCACUGUUGGCUGCGUUUGCCCUGAUUUCGACUACGCACUAAAGGGUAUAUCGGUGCUUAUUACACUGUUUGUUGUAACCUCUGGUUAUCUCAUACAAUGGCGAGAUCAGCAAGUGUGGCUUCGAUGGUUUUUCUAUGUCAACGCAGUGGGCCUUGGAUUUUCCUCCCUGAUGAUCAACGAAUUCAAGAGACUCACCAUGAAAUGUACGGCGGACUCCCUCAUCCCAGCAGGGCCAGGAUAUACGAACGUGUCUCACCAAGUUUGCACUCUUCCGGGUGGUGAGCCGGGUUCCAGUAUUAUACCUGGCUCAAAUUAUCUUAGCCUUCACUUUCAAUAUUACCCAUCGGAUCUUUGGAGAAACUGGGGCAUUAUGGUUAUUCUCAUUAUUGGUUUUCUAUGUGCGAAUACAUAUCUAGGCGAAACGUUGAUGUAUGGUGCUGGAGGGAAGACAGUAACAUUCUUUGCAAGAGAGACAGACGAGCUAAAGAAACUUAACCAGAAACUUCAGCAAAGAAAGCAGAACAGACAGCAGACGAAAUCAGACGAAUCUGAAUCACCCCUUAAAAUCGAAUCAAAGUCCGUUUUAUCUUGGGAGAACCUUUGCUAUGAUGUUCCUGUUCCUAGUGGUACCCGGCGCCUGCUCAGCGACGUUUUUGGAUAUGUGGAGCCUGGAAAGCUUACAGCCUUGAUGGGUGCUAGCGGUGCUGGUAAAACCACCUUGCUUGACGUCCUCGCUUCGAGAAAGAACAUUGGCGUCAUCACCGGCGAUAUUCUGGUCGAUGGUCGUAUGCCAGGUUCAGCAUUUCAGCGCGGAACCUCGUACGCAGAGCAGCUUGAUGUUCAUGAACCAAUGCAAACCGUGAGAGAGGCCUUUCGAUUCUCAGCUACGCUUCGUCAAUCUUAUGAAAUUCCUGAAGAAGCGAAAUUUGCAUAUGUUGAGGAGAUUAUUUCCUUGUUAGAACUUGAAAACCUGGCGGAUGCGAUUAUUGGUACUCCAGAAACGGGGUUGUCGGUCGAGGAGCGAAAACGUGUGACUAUUGGAGUAGAACUUGCGGCUAAACCUCAGCUAUUGUUGUUUUUAGAUGAACCAACGUCUGGCCUUGACAGCCAGUCUGCUUUUAAUAUCGUCCGCUUUCUUCGAAAGCUCGCUGCUGCUGGCCAAGCUAUUCUCUGCACUAUCCACCAACCGAAUUCUGCGCUGUUUGAGAACUUUGAUCGACUCCUUUUACUUCAGCGUGGUGGCCAAUGUGUUUAUUUUGGGGAUAUUGGAGAGGAUGCGCGUGUGCUCCGCGAUUAUUUUCACCGAAACGGAGCGGACUGCCCCCAGAAUGCAAACCCGGCGGAAUGGAUGCUGGAUGCAAUUGGUGCUGGACAGGCCCCUCGGAUUGGAAGUCGUGAUUGGGGAGAUGUUUGGACCACAUCUCCUGAACUCCAGCAGUUAAAGCAGACUAUUCUUGCAAUCAAAGCAGAACGCAUCCAAGAAAACGACGCAUCAUCUACUCCCCAGGGCACUGAAGCUGAGUACGCAACUCCUCUUUGGCAUCAGAUUAAGGUAGUGUGUAAAAGAACGAACCUGGCCUUCUGGCGGUCUCCCAAUUAUGGAUUUACUCGUCUUUUCAACCAUGUUGCCUUAGCCCUGAUCACUGGGUUGUGCUUCCUUCAACUAGACGAAUCUCGAUCAUCGCUUCAAAACCGUAUCUUCGUCCUUUUUCAGAUUACGGUCAUUCCGGCACUUAUUCUUGCUCAGGUAGAACCCAAGUAUGAUAUGUCACGCCUAAUUUUCUACCGUGAGUCUGCAGCAAAAGCAUACAAACAAUUUCCCUUUGCUCUUUCUAUGGUACUUGCGGAAAUUCCGUACAGCAUUCUCUGUGCCGUCUGCUUUUUCCUUCCAAUUUAUUAUGUUCCGGGGUUACAGUCAGCUAGUAGCCGAGCAGGAUAUCAGUUUUUGAUGGUAUUGAUUACUGAAAUAUUCUCUGUCACCUUGGGCCAAAUGAUAUCCGCCUUGACUCCGAGUACGUUCAUUGCCGUACUCCUAAACCCGCCUAUUAUUAUUAUCUUCUUUCUUUUCUGUGGUGUCUCCAUCCCUAAACCUCAAAUUCCCAAAUUUUGGCGUGUCUGGCUCUAUGAACUUGACCCCUUUACUCGACUAAUGAGUGGUAUGAUUGUUACCGAGUUACAUGAGAGGCAAGUGACUUGCAAACCAGAGGAAUUGAAUCGAUUCACCCCACCUCCGGGACAAGAUUGCGGCUCGUACAUGAAGAACUUUUUUGCAAACGGUGGAUCUGGAUAUCUCAUUAAAAACACUACCGAUGCCUGCGAGUUUUGUGCUUAUAAGAUUGGAGACCAAUUUUAUAAACCCUUUGGAAUGAACUUCGACAAUCGAUGGAGAGAUCUUGGAAUCUUCCUAUGCUUUAUUGCAUCGAAUUUGAUUCUGUUGUUUAUUGGAUCGCGGUAUCUAAACUUUAACCGAAGAUGA